CACAUGACAUUAGGUGAAUUCUCCUUUGUCCCCGGACCUGCUGCCUCCUCCUGCUUGUCAGGGGACAGAUCCAGUACAUCUCCCCUCAGCGCUGGGUGGACCUAACCCUUGCUUUCUUGGAGGAAACCCAGGAAUCCAGAGACAAAGCGGAAGGGUACUGGCGUGUGGUUGGGCAGGGCUGCCUGAGGUCGGUGUCAGCCGACCGUGGGGCUUGGUCCCAGGAGGCUGCUUACUGGGCCCUGCUCCUCUGGUUUCCCCCAAGUCGUGAUUCUGAAAUGAAUAAGGACGGUGCAGAACUGGACUGCAAAUGCAGGAUUGACUUCCUGGGAGGGUGGGGCCCCUAUCUCUCCUAGACUCUGUGGUCAGACUCUGGCCAACACCCCCUGUAAGGCCACAGGAGAGGAACAGGAGUGAUAGCCCCCAAACCCCAGUCCCACCAGGCCCGGAGGGCCCCUUUGUCACUGGAUCUGAUAAGAAACACCACCCCUGCAGCCCCCUCCCCUCACCUGACCAAUGGCCACAGCCUGGCUGGGCCCAGCUCCCUGUAUAUAAGGGGACCCUGGGGGCUGAGCACUACCAAGGCCAGUCCUGAGCAGGCCCAACUCCAGUGCAGCCGCCCACCCUGCCGCCAUGUCUCUGACCAAGACUGAGGGGACCAUCAUUGUGUCCAUGUGGGCCAAGAUCUCCACGCAGGCCGACACCAUCGGCACCGAGACUCUGGAGAGGCUCUUCCUCAGCCACCCGCAGACCAAGACCUACUUCCCGCACUUCGACCUGCACCCGGGGUCCGCGCAGUUGCGCGCGCACGGCUCCAAGGUGGUGGCCGCCGUGGGCGACGCGGUGAAGAGCAUCGACAACAUCGGCGGCGCCCUGUCCAAGCUGAGCGAGCUGCACGCCUACAUCCUGCGCGUGGACCCGGUGAACUUCAAGCUCCUGUCCCACUGCCUGCUGGUCACCCUGGCCGCGCGCUUCCCCGCCGACUUCACGGCCGAGGCCCACGCCGCCUGGGACAAGUUCCUAUCGGUCGUAUCCUCUGUCCUGACCGAGAAGUACCGCUGAGCGCCGCCUCCGGGACCCCCAGGACAGGCUGCGGCCCCUCCCCCCGUCCUCGAGGUUCCCCAGUCCCACUUACCGCGUAAUGCGCCAAUAAACCAAUGAACGAA